AUGACCGGCCAGCAUGGCAAAGGCGGUGGCGUGGGGAAGUCUGAGCUCACUUGGGAAGAUGUGUCCCAGGACACACCACCUUCGCUCCGAGCAGACAUUGUGAACAAGGCUGACGACGCGCUGGCGAGGCAGUCCAUUCAGCUUGAAGGACCACUCUAUCUCAGUUUGAACCGCUUCUGGCCGGUAUCGCUUUGGGGUGUCGCCUUCUUGAUCCACAGGCGCUUUCGACAACUCUCACCGCGACGGCUGCCCACCAUCACACCUCUGAAGCCCCCUGAAAUCUACGGCAUAUUUGCGCUGGCGCAUCUAGCAAAUGUAGAGGCCUUUCACCUACGCGAGAAAGUAAUUCGUGACGACAAUCUGCGCACCAUACUGGCUUUCUCAUAUGCAAUGCGAGACGUGUGGAACGGAGCGCUGCCCACCGACGAUAGGCUUAAAAAGUACGACUUGUCUCUUCUGACUAUCCCAAUCGACGAGCAUCUUCUGAGUAGAUACGCUCAUUACACCUUGUGGAGGUGGCGAAACACCUGGUCGGAUAGCCGGACGCGAGGUUUCGUGGGACAAUAUGUGGCAAAUCAGGUUCUGCAUUGUGAACUUAGCGCUCAUGACACCGCCAUUCUGCUCACAGUCGUUGCAGAGCGUACGAGGAUGCGCGAUUUCCAUCAGCCCGCCUGUGUUCGCAAAGCUGUGCUUACAGGACAUACACUCUUGGACGCCUUUUCAUACACACUAGGCCCGAUGCUCUGGCGUGUGGCCACAGGCCGGCACCAGACUCUGAAUACGUGGUUUCUGAACGGCAUCCAGCGUUCAUUUGCGUACUGGCUGGCGUACGCGCUUUCUGCUGGGCUGUAUCGCCAUUAUGCGUCGAUUUUGAGCCUUGAGGACCCGGAGAAGGCUGCGAUGGUGAUUUUGAAGUCAGUCGAGGAGCGUUCUGGCAAAUCCUCGGGGACGUCUGAUGAAAGGGGUGCGGUCGCCUGA